AUGAGGGAAGUCAACUUUAGUAUUCCAAACGUCAACAAGGCGUCCGUCGGUAUUACCACCGCCCUAUAUGAUCGCCGUGCGCUCGAUUGCACCUCGACCCUCCCCCUCAUCAACUCGCUCAACCAUCUCGCCUAUCUCACCACAUCUUCUGCUCGCAUCCGCGACAUUCUUACCGUCGAUGGAGGUAUCGAGCGACUUGUCUGCAUCCUGAAACAAGGCCGUAGUAAGGACAUGAUGGGAAUGUGGAAAUGGAACCUUGCUUUCCAGUGCGUCGUCAAUAUUGGUGUUCGAGGCACAGAAAAUGUUCGCACUCGUGUUGUCGAGGCUGACAUGGUCCCUGUCAUCGCUACCAUCCUCGAUAACUAUACCAAGGCUGUCGACAAAUGUCGCGAGAAGGCUGAGGAAGCCAAACAAAAGCAGAAUUACGACAACCACCGUCACAGAGGCCAUGUGUACACCCAAAACCCGAAGCCUUCUGCAUCCAAUUCAGCAUCGGCUAAUGCUUCCGCAUCGGCAUCAUCAUCGGCAGCCGUGGGCACUUCUGCGUUUGGCCAUCGUUCUGGCCCUCGUGUCGAUGCCACCGAACAGCGAUCUCGCCGUCACGGCCCGCCGCCUUCCAUUGAUGUUUCGGCCUCCUACGCAGGACCAUCUACUGCCGCUCCUCAAACCCACCCUCAGCAGCAGUCCCUGGAUACUGCUAUGGGUGGCUCCCAAUGGCCCCAGUCUGCCACAGAACGCUCUACAUCAUGGGGCUCAGCUCGUCACCAGCCCCUGAGAGUGAGAGGACUUGAAGACCGUCACGCCACGACUUCAGCUCCUCGUCAGACCAUGCAGCCCCUUGCAACUGCAGUACCGGCCACCGAUGCUGUCGAGGGGUUUGUGAGACCUGUUCGUGAUAUCGACCGCCUUGCUUCAAUGGCCCCAUUUGGCUCUGCAGAUUUGGUUUCCCAACCGACAUCGCCAACGACGCCUCUGCCACCUCCUCAGAUGCGCUCGCCUACUGUUCGCCCAGCAUCCGCCCUUGGCCCAUCUGGUCGAUCUCGCCGACGCCCAUCGAUCCGCCACCAGAACUCGACUGCCGAUGCUGAUGACAUUAACGGUGAUAGCAUGCCUUCAGACGAGUCACCCGAGGCAGAGAUGACAGGCACCGAUAAUCUGCAAUCAGCUGUCGGUAUUCAGGAUAUCACCAUGGAGGACGGAGACACCAUGCUUGGUGGUACAGCUCUCGAUCUGGCUACACCAACAGUCUCCGAGACCCACCAGGAAGCCAGCACCUUCAAUAUCAACCAUCGUAGUCCCCUGGAUGGCAGCCUCACCAACAACAACGCCCCGACACCAGUUCCCGCGAUUGGACUCUCGCCUAACCGUCCUGCGAUGGCGACACCUCCACAGCCUCCUCUGGCCGCUACUACCGUUCCCCGAUAUCUCCUGGACCGCAAUUUCGUUCCUAACCCUCAGAUGGUUGCCGCUAUGCCUCGGGAGGAAGAUGUACUUAUGUCUCUGCAGCUUCUUGCCUAUGUCUCCAAAUACUGUGGCCUUCGCUCUUAUUUCCAAAAGAGCCACCUUGUUCCGCGUCUCAAGAUCGGCAAAGAGCUUGCUGCCAUUGACAAGGACAUCACUGCCAUGGACGAGGAGGAGGACGUCCCUGAGGUCUACGAUGAAGAUGCCGACGACGAAGAGUAUCUGCUUACCAACGAUUUCAACCUCUUCCCUCUUGUCGAGAAGUUCACAGUGCGCUAUCACAGUACUGAUAUGCAGUACUGGGCUGGCGUUGUCAUGAGAAACCUCUGCCGCAAGGAUGACACUCGUGGUGGUAUUCGCCAGUGUGCCUACUACCAAUGCGGUAAAUGGGAAGAGUACACCCGCCAGUUCGCGAAAUGCCGCCGAUGUCGACGCACUAAAUACUGUAGUAAGGAGUGUCAGAAGAGUGCAUGGGCUUUCCAUCGCCACUGGUGCGUAGCGGCCACCCAGUAA